UCUCCAAUGGCAGAGAAAAUUUCAGUGAUCAAUCCUUCAUACUGUGUUCCUCACUCUGUCAGUAUACAAAUUAAUACUGAGAAAGGAAUCGCUUACGGUGAAAAGGAUAAUCGUCUCUUCUAUAUUGGGGAUACCUCUUUCUCACUUCGCGACCGUCGUGUCUUAUACGAUGAUACACAAAAACCCAUAGUCACUUUCUACAAUAAGAUUAUGACCUUGCGUGAGCAAUGUAAAGUUUUGAAGGGUGAAAGCAAUGAUUCAUCUGAUUUGCUAUUUUGGGUGAAGGAAAUCAAGAAAUCGUCGACGAUCCCUUCUGAGAUUACUAAAUUAAACGUGUUCCUCGCAGGCAACAAAGAAGAAAAGAAAAGUGACUUUAGAGUGAUCAUUUAUGGAAGUAAACACUCAUGCACUGUUUAUGCUGGUGAAUCUCCUACCAUUAUAGCCAAAAUGGAGAAUAAUGGUGGCUUCAAUGUCUUGGUCUAUCCCAACGUGGACUACGCAUUCAUAGUAGCACUGCUUAUGAUAGUCAAGGACGUGUAUUAUUCUAAUGAGUCCAAAGAUAGUGGAAAAAGUAACAGUGCUGCCAUAAAAAUGAUUUCAACAUCUUUAUCGCUUGAUUCAGACGACUAA